CCAGUUACUGUUAAGAUAGAACCAGUUGGAAGAUGGUAUGAAGCAUUCUCACAGAGACGACGCAAUCGGCUUACUUUAUCACACAAUGAGUCGAUUCAGUCUAGCAGCUCGUCAGACGAGGAGGAGGAAACCAUUUUUGAUGAGGAAGAUGACACUAUGCUCAAGACGCUCAACCCAAAGGAGUGGAAGGACCAAGAUCACUAUGCAGUACUGGGACUUUCAAAGUUGAGAUACAGGGCCUCUGAAGAUGAUAUCAAGAAAGCAUAUAAACACAAGGUUUUAAAACAUCAUCCAGAUAAGAGAAAGAAAACUGGGCAUGUUGAGAAGGUCAGUGAAGAUGAUGACUAUUUUACCUGCAUUACAAAAGCUUAUGAUAUCCUUGGCAACCCAACAAAGAGAAAAUCCUAUGAUAGUAUUGAUCCCCAAUUUGAUAACGAAAUCCCAAGUGUCAACGCAAAUUCAAAAGAAAAUUUCUAUGACGUAUUCCGAGAUGUUUUCAAGAAAAAUGCCAGAUGGUCUGUCAAAGCAAGAGUUCCAGCCUUAGGUGGUGAAAAUUCUAAUUUUGAUGAAGUCAACAACUUCUACAACUUUUGGUACAAUUUUCAGUCCUGGAGAGAAUUUUCUUAUUUGGAUGAAGAGGAAAAAGAAAAGGGGGAAAACCGAGAAGAGAGAAGGUGGAUUGAGAAGCAGAAUAAAGUGGAACGUCAAAAACGAAAGAAAGAAGAAGUUGUUAGAAUAAGACAGCUUGUUGAUAAUGCAUAUGCAUGUGAUCCAAGGAUAAAGAAGUUUAAAGAAGACGAAAAAGAACGAAAGGCUGCGGAGAAGAAAGCCAAGCAAGAUGCAAUCAAAGCGGUCGAGAUUGAAAGAAAAAAGGAGAAAGAAGCAGCUAUGGAAGUUGAAAGGUUAGCCAAGGUGAAACAAGAAGCUGAAGACAAGGCCAAGGCUGAGGAAGCUAAGAAGGAGAGAGAGGCAUUAAAGAAAGCGAUGAGACACGAAAGAAAAACACUCCGAGACACAUGCAAGAAAUUCAACUAUUUUCUUAAUGAAGAUGGGGAUUUAGUGAAGAGAAUGGAAGCCGUGGAGAUGUUGUGUCAGAGGUUAAAUUUAGAAAGUUUACAAAAAUUAAAUGCUGGUAUGUCAACGGAAGAUGCUGCAAAGACUGUGUUUGAAGAUCAGGUGGGAUUAUAG